CUUUUUUUUGACAUUUGUCAUCGCGCAAGGCAUCGCAAGGUGACACACGGUGCUCUGAGAAGGGUGUAAUUUUUGUGCGUGACUGAAAAGGCGCAUCUUUCUCUCAAGCCAAGUGACAGAAAGUCCAAUACGGUCUCAAAAAAUCCACCAAAAUCUCCAUCAUCGGUGGAUUAAAGUGUUUUGUGUGUUAUCAGUGUGUAUUCCCGGUUAACUGGCUACACCAUGGAGAACACAUAUGGCAUUAGUGUAGACAAUCGCUAUGAAUUGUUCUACAUUGACGAUGAGACGACGGAUCCCCUUGAGACAGUGAUAACGGUUAAAAAGAAGGCACCAAAAGAGAAAACAGCACCAAUUCAGGCAAAAGAUGCUGCUGCACCACAGCCAACAGUCCGGAAGAUACCAUCGGCAGCGGCUGAGAAGGAAAAUAAGUCAGCUAUGAUAAAUAAUCAGCAGAGGGCAGCACAGGCAAAUCGUACAGCCCCCAAGGCCACUAACAAUGACAAAAGGCAGAUGCGUGAUGAUAAACCCACCGCCCCAAAGCGCGAUGAAACGGUCGAGAAGAAGAACAGGCGCAAUCGUGAGGCAGAUCGUGGUCCUCCGGUGUCCAAUGGAUUGUCCGAUGAUAAACCGAGAAGGCGUCGCUUCGAUGGGGCACCGCAACGGGGUAAACGGGAAUUCGAUCGACAAUCCGGAAGCGAUAAAACUGGUGUUAAAGCUGUGGACAAACGCGAUGGCGGUGGGGCUCACAAUUGGGGCUCACCGAAGCAGGAAGUUAUCGAUGAAUUGGUACCCAAGCAACAUCCUGCCGAAUGGAGCGAAGGCGAAACCCGAGCAGACGGACAAGAUGGCGGUGCAACGGAUGAACCAGUGAAUCAGUCACCAAAUCAAGAUGAGGAAACCAAAGAGCUCACCCUGGAUGAAUACAAGGCACUGCGUGCGGGCAAAUCUAAGCCACCACAGUACAAUUUGCGCAAGGCGGGCGAAGGGGAAGACCUCAGUCAGUGGCAGAAGAUGGUGGCGCUGGAGGCGAAGCGACAGAGUGGGGUGGAUGAUGGGGAAAAUGAUGCGACUGCUGUGCAACAGAGGGCGACACGUCAGAAGCACAUUCUCGAUAUUGAAUUUCACUUCAACGACGGACGCCGUGCAGGGCAAAUGGGGCGCGGUGGGCGCGGUGGGAGGGCUCGUGCGAGUGGUGGAGGGGGUGGGGCAGGUGGAGCAGGAGGAGGCGGUGGCGGUGGUGGGGGAAAUACCCCAGGCGGUGGACGUCAAAUGGCUCGCAAUCGACGCAAUGAUGGGGAGGACCGCGAGCGACCACGUGAGCCGCGCAACAGUGAAUCAACUCGUUCGCAUUUUCGCGAUGAUGCUCACUUCCAUGCAGCCCCAAAAGUGGACGAUGAGAAGGAUUUCCCGUCCCUUGGGCUCCUAAAUGCCUCGUCCAUGGUGCGUCAGGCACCCAAAUUAGUGCCCAUGUACGCCAAGGAGGACGCCACCAAGUGAAUUUCUUUCUUUUUUUUUAUUAAAUUUUUGGUAGAAGAACGUUUUGGGCACCAUGAACGCGUCUUCUUGUCGAACUCCUUUCUUUUCAUUAAAAAAAAAAAAAAAAAAACAACAAAAAAAACCUGCGCCCGUGCCGCUUUUCUUGGUUUUUUUUUUUAAUUUUACUAUAUAUUUUAGAUCUACAAUCCUGUUUGUGUUUUUUUUUUUUAAAUUUUUCUUUACCACCUAACUAAACCGAAAGAGAGAGAAAUGAAAAAGAAAUAUGGGUAAAAGAAAAAAAAAAAGAAGAAAAACACAAUAUAAUUCUCUUUUAUUCAUUUAAGUUUUUAUUUUGUCGAAUUGAAAACAGAAAUGUCAACGGAACAUUUUUAAAAUUUUUGAAGUAAAUAAACAAUUGUCAUUCAAUAUGAAUUAAUAAAAUGAGAGAUGAAUAAAAAAAAAUGCAGUAAGAAAUAAUGAAUUGUAGUGUAAGAUUUGAGAAAGAAGUGAAAACAAAAAGAAAUAAAUUAAUAAAAAAAAACCAACCUAUAACAGACGAAA